AUGACAAACUCAACUCCACGAGAAGCGAAAGACGCUCAACUCCACGAGAAGCGAAAGACGCUCAACUCCACGAGAAGCGAAAGACGCUCAACUCCACGAGAAGCGAAAGACGCUCAACUCCACGAGAAGCGAAAGACGCUCAACUCCACGAGAAGCGAAAGACGCUCAACUCCACGAACGAAAGACGCUCAACUCCACGAGAAGCGAAAGACGCUAGAUUUGGGGAGAGGCCUACAAUCAAUUCUCUCUCGUCCGCGACACGUGUCGCCAGUUCAACACAGCAGUCAAACAUCUUUAACCCUAACCCUGCCGUCUCUCCUUCUCUCCCUCUCUAAUCCUCUCCAUCCUUCUCUCCCUCUCCCUCCCUCCUUCUCCUUCACCCUCCUUCUCUUACUCCCUCUCUUUCCCUCUCCUAUAUCUCUCUUUCCCUCUCCUAUAUCUCUCUUUCCCUCUCCUAUAUCUCUCUUUCCCUCUCCUAUAUCUCUCUUUCCCUCUCCUAUAUCUCUCUUUCCCUCUCCUUUCUUUUCUCUUUCCUGUUCGUUCUUUUCUUCCCUCCCCUCCUUCCGUCCUCCCCGAUCUGCGUCUGUCUCUUUUUUUUUCUUUGUACUUUUGUCUGUUUCUAUUUCUUUCUGUCUCUCUCUGUCACCCUUUCUCUCACUAUCUCUUUCUCAUCUUCGUCUGUCACCCUUUCUCCCGCUUUCAUUCUCUUCCCCUUCCCCCUCCGUUCCCCCUCAUCUCCUUUUCACACUCUCUCUCCCCCUCCGUUCACCACCCUUUUUCACACUCUCUCUCCCCCCUCCGUUCACCACCCUUUUUCACACUCUCUCUCUCCCCUCCGUUCACCACCCUUUUCACACUCUCUCUCCCCCUCCGUUCACCACCCUUUUUUCACUCUCUCUCCCCCUCCGUUCACCACCCUUUUUUCACUCUCUCCCCCUCCCGUUCACCACCCUUUUCACCUCUCUCUCCCCCCUCCGUUCACCCACCUUUCUCCCCCCUCUCUCCGUUCACCACCCCUUUUUCCUCUCUCCCCCCCCUCCGUUCACCACCCUUUUCUCUCUCUCUCCCCCCUCCGUUCACCACCCUUUUUCACUCUCUCUCCCCCCCCCGUUCACCACCCUUUCUCUCUCUCUCCCCCCCUCCGUUCACCACCUUUUUUCACUCUCUCUCUCCCCCCUCCGUUCACCACCCUUUUUCUUCUCUCUCUCCCCCCCCUCCGUUCUGCACCCUUUUCUCUCUCUCUCUCUCCCCUCCGUUCACCACUUCUUUCUUUCCUCUCUCUCUCCCCCCUCCGUUCACCACCCUUUUCUACUCUCUCUCUCCCCCUCCGUUCUCCACCCUUUUUCACUUCUCUCUCUCCCCCUCCGUUCACUCCCUUUUCACUUCUCCUUUCUCCUUCCCUCCGUCUUUCUUUUUCUCUCUCUUUGUACUUCUCUCUUCUUUCUACUUCUCUCUUUCUUCAUCCGUAUCCCUUUUUCUCUCUUUCCUUUAGGCUUUUCUCUCCCUCUCUCUGUACAUUUCUCUCUCUGUCUCUUCUUUCUACUUUUCUCUCUCUCUCAUUGCAUUCAUUUGAAUUGCUGUUUCUUUAACCCACAUCUCUUGCACCAUUUGCCCUGA